GCCCACCUAGCGCUCAGCCACAAGCCAGUAGCCCAGUACGCUCUAGCUAGCUACUAGCGUUAUCCACAUAGCAAUGGCGCCCUCCAAGCUCGCCCUCUUCCUCGCCAUGAAUCUGGUCCUCCUCGUGGCAGUGCAUGGCUGCGGGUCGUGCGGCAACACACCGCCCGUCCCUGUUCCAAGCCCACCGAUUGCGUUUCCACCGCCAGCUCCCGUGCCGUCUCCGCCUUCCCCCGGCGGCGGGGGCGGCACCUGCUCAAUCGACACUCUGAAGCUGAAGGUUUGCGCCAACGUGCUGAACCUGCUGAAGCUCAACCUCGGCGUGCCGACGGACGAGCAGUGCUGCCCGCUUCUGAGCGGCCUCGCUGACCUAGACGCCGCCCUGUGUCUCUGCACUGCCAUCAAGGCCAACGUCCUCGGCAUCAAGCUCAAUGUGCCCGUCGACCUCGUGCUCCUCCUCAACCAGUGCGGCAAGACCUGCCCCGCCGACUUCACCUGCCCUCGCUGAUCCAUCCAUCACAAACCAUGCAUUUUUUACCUGCAUCGCAUCAUCGUCGUCGGCGUACUCGUACUUACAAUAUUUUUUCGUAUCCGCAUGUACCUAUAUAUUUUCUCGCAAUUACAAUAUGGUAGUAUAUGUCAGUCGCGUGCAUGCAUGGGCUCCCUCGCAAGUGCAUGCAUGCUUCAGUUAGUCAUUCCCCGUUAUGGUAUCUAAGUGCAUGAUUCAAGUAUUUGUAAACGGGUAUAUGUACGUGGAAUAAAAUUUUGUUCAGGUUGUCUUUUUAUUUA